AUGAGGAAGACGACUGCCUGGGCUAGGGCCAGGGAAAAUGUCCUUUCAAGACGGGAGAUUGAAGGCAUGAUUGCCGAAAAGAAGCAUAUCAUCAUCCUCGACGGUAAAGUGCUUCAACUGGAUUGUUGGAUCAAAUUCCACCCCGGCGGCCCCCUAGCCAUUAAGCACAUGAUAGGCAGAGAUGCCACAGACGAAGUGAACGCACUACACUCACAGAAGGCACUUCUGAACAUGAAAAGUUUUCAAAUCGGUACCAUCGAGGGAAGGUGGGCCAACUUUCUUCCUCCUAUCCAAGGCGGCAGCUUCCGCCUAUAUAAUGAAUAUGGGGCAGAAGAAGAGCUCCUUCUGAGCUCUGAGCUCUCAAGUGAAGACCCGUCGCCACCGCCAUCUCCGCUUUUUGAAGCAGAGGACGCCGGCUUAAGACACAGGCUUUCAAUAUCUACCAUAUCCUCUGCAGUCAACACUGCUCUCCCGACACAAGAAACCAAAGGAGGAUAUACGAUGGACGCCCGAACACAGGAGGAGAUCCAGUUAGAUUCAUCCAAGUAUCCUCCCAUCACCGCCGAACACCAAGAGAACAUCACCCAAAAAUACCGCCAACUCAACGAGCGUAUUCGUGCAGCUGGACUGUACAACUGCAACUAUUCUGCCUACGCCAUGGAAAUAUGCCGUUACAGUCUUCUUUUCGGUCUCUUCGUUUUCUUUUUAAAACGAUCUUGGUUCUGCUUGUCGGGUUUCUUCUUGGGAUGCUUUUGGCAUCAACUAGUCUUCUCCGCCCAUGACGCCGGCCACAUGGGUAUCACUCACGAUUUUCAAGUCGAUACUGUCAUCGGCAUUAUUAUUGCGGACUACCUGGGUGGACUUAGUCUUGGCUGGUGGAAACGAAGUCAUAAUGUCCACCACAUUAUGACUAAUACCCCAGAGCACGAUCCCGAUAUUGAACUAAUGCCAUUUUUUGCUCUAUCACAUCGCUUCUUUGGUAGUCUCCGCAGCACAUACUACGAUCGGAUCAUGGAAUACGAUGCGGUGGCUCAGAUUACCGUUAAGUAUCAACACUAUCUUUAUUACCCAAUUCUCCUCUUUGGCCGUUUCAACCUCUACUUUUUGAGCUGGGAGCAUAUUAUUGUCGGCCGUGGCCCUCGAAACGGUGCAGGCUGGUGGCACCGUUGGUUUGAGCUAGCUGGCCAGGCAUUCUUCUGGAUAUGGUUUGGUUAUGCAGUUGUCUUUCUUAGUAUUCCUGACUGGUGGAGUCGAAUCGCCUUCGUCAUGAUUUCUCACAUGGUUACUGCACCGCUGCAUGUGCAGAUUACUCUCUCUCACUACGCUAUGUCCACCGCCGAUCUCGGUCCUCUCGAGUCAUUUCCUCAGAAGAUGCUUCGCACAACGAUGGACGUGGACUGCCCACCUUGGCUGGACUUUAUCCAUGGCGGUCUCCAAUUCCAGGCCAUCCAUCAUUUAUAUCCCCGCAUCCCUCGCCAUAACUUGCGCAAGACGCAGAUACUAGUCAGAGAAUUUUGUGUGGAUGUGAAGAUUCCGUAUGCUGUCUUUACCUUCUUUGAUGGCAACAAGGAAGUGAUCAGUAGACUCGGUCAUGUCGCAAAGCAGGCAAGGAUACUGGAGGAGUGUCGAAGGGCGUGUGCAGAACAGGGUGUCUUUUCAGACCACCACCAUUCGCACUGA